UUGGUUCCUCUUCAAGCUCAUUAGAAUAAAGGGGGGCUUGAGAGGGUGCUUAAGUUGGUAGCAGAGAUGCGGAGAGACUCGUGCACUGCCUUGCCAUUCUUGUUCUGCAUUGCUCUCGUGGUGUCCAUAGAAGCACAGAGUGCAGGGGCAAGGGCACGAGUUGCACCACAAGUGGCUGCUCCUGCUGUGGCUUCAUCAAUAUCAAGGUCAGGUCACCAGCACUUGGAUCCUUUCUACAGUAGCAAGAGGAGAGUUCCUAACGGGCCUGAUCCCAUUCAUAACAGGAGAGCUGGGAAGUCAGGAAGACCUUCAGGCAGAAUAUGAGGACUAAGGACCAGUGACUGAAGCAUGAAAACUUGCAGAGAUGGAUUAGAGAAUAUAUAUAUACACAUAUGGUCCUCAUGAAUGCAUGUUUCCAUUAACGGGUCGCCUGUUAACACACCUACACCAUUAGUCCAAAGUUGUGAUCUUUUAUCAAGUUUAUUAUUAAAAGGUGGUGAAGCUUCCAUCACACAAAAUCAUCUCCAGAUUCUUGAAGAAUAUGACAAGAAUCUUUAGCAGUUGCUUUGAUGAAAGAGAAAGGGAGAAUGGAUACAUCUUGCUUGAAGGAGGAACAACUAAACAAGGGCCAGAAAAUGUUGCAGUAGAAAUCAGUGGCGUCCCCAGCUUGUAACAAAAGAUGUGUUGGAAUUAAACUAACAGUAUCUAGUCUCUUGAUCCUCGGUAGCAUUUGGAUUUGAACUAAUGCAUGCUAACUUUUGCUUUUGUUUCAC